CACGUUGCUUUGUGUUCGAAACUACAGAACAAACUUGGACAGAAAGUGAUCCAAGCUGUCAAACUGAGGAGCUUCUGUAUGUUACCCUGACAAACAAAGUUCAGUCUGAACGUGCUGGAGGUAAAAGAGAGAUUUGACCCCAGUCUGCUCGUGACAUCAACUGUGACCUUCAGCUGCUUUCAUCAGGAUCCACACAGCAGCAUGAAGAUGGGAUUAACCUGCAGGACAGAUGGACACAAGAUACUCUGCCUUUACUCUGUGCUUUAUUCCAUCAUCAUCAUCAUCGGAGGAGUUAAUGCUGCAAUGUCCCGUCCACAUCAGACACUCAGCAUUUCCGCUCCCCACAUGUACUACACCUGCCCCGAGGGUGCAACAGUCACAAUGGAAUGUGUUCAGAGAGGAACCGCCUUGCACCCAACUGAUGUCUUGAAACACAGAUGGUUUUUCACAGCCCACAGUGACCAGAACUGUCAUGACCACCAAAUCCCACGUCAUGACCUCAACCAUGACAAACACAGCUGGCCUCCGGGAGUGCACCCUGAGUAUGGAAAGGAUAAAAUCUCUCUUGUUGUUGAGAAUGUGACCAGGCAAGACCAGGGUCGCUACUGCUGUAUGAUCUAUGAUUUCCAGGAUGACAAAAAACAUGUCCUUCAGUGGUCCCACAGCUCCAUGGUUCUCCACGUUACACCACGAAAAAAUGGCUCUCAAGACUGCACUGUUUGGGAUCCGCAACCAGCUCAAGCGUCUGUGCCAGUGGCUUUGGUCAUCGUGCCGACAAUCUUGGCCCUGCUCGCUCUGCCACUCAUUCUGGUGCUUGUGUACAAACAGCGACAGAAUGCACAAUCCAACAGACGUGCACAUGAGCUGGUGCGGAUGGACAGUGAGGCUCAGGGCCAUGACAACCCCGUGUACCUCAGAGGAUCACCACAACUGAAGGUCCGGACUGUUUCUCAGAUCAUGACCAGGCAGUCAUCUGAGACAGGACGCCACCUUCUGUCUGAGCCAGGGACUCCUCUCUCACCUCCUUACCAUGGGGAAGUGUUCUUUCCAACACAUGAGACAAUCGCUGAGUCUCCAGACCUCCUGCAGGUUUAAAGGGGCUGGAACUGCCGUCGCUGCACUCGCUGACCUGGAAUCAGUAUUGCAAUUCUCUUCUUUUCUGCCUCUGGCGUGACCUGGUGUUCAUGGCACGUCUCAUCAUAACCUCAGCUGGAAUAAUCAUCGUCUUCAUAAUGUCAGGACUGCAGGACGGAAUACGCCGCUCUUUCUUUUUGUUGUAACUUUUAAACUCAUUCCACCUGCAACAGCAGCUGGAAGCCAAAGAGACCUUGAGACUGACGUCGGCUGGUGGACACACAGGUGCCGUGGUCUCGACCGGACUCGGGGCCUGACAUGUCCCCAGUGUGGCCAGGUGGUACCAGUGUCACUGCUGUGACUCAGAAGUACCACACUCA